GAGCUUCUAGUGCACCCUCACCUUCAGCCUUACGUUCUAAAGAUUCAACACAAAAUUAACAGCCCCAGACGCAAUAGUUUAUCAGUCAGCUGGCGGUCGGAAACAAACUACAUGAAAAAAACUGGAUUUACAGAGCCAGAAGAUGUUCGUCUUACCACGUACAGAGAGAAAAGGCAGUCAUUCAGCAAUGAUAGGACUUUGAAUCCAAGUGUAUCUGGAGCUGAGCAAGAUACAACAUUUGAUAAGAAAAUUACUCCAAAAGCUUCAGAUAUUGUCAAGGCUCCAAAAUUGACUCCAAGGAAUUCUCCUGCUACUCCUAAGAAACUAGCAGAGCUGUCAAAGAAUCGCGAAUCGUUUCAAGCUUCACGAACUCCAGCAAAAAAAGCUGUUCCCACAAAUCGUAGAGCAUCAUUGCCAUUUCCUACAAGAGCUGCAGUUGAAGGAUCACCUUGCACGCCCUAUAUUGGAAUUAACUCUCCGGAUGUUUCUGUCAAUUCCCCUCGAAUUGACAGGAUUGCUGAAUUCCCAAUGACCUCAUAUGAAAGUCCCUUCCUCCCUGUUCGUAGAACUUCAUCAACCUCUGCACAAGGCUCAAACUCACCACCACAAGGCGACCAUUCGAUCUUGAAGGAUAAAUGUAUGGUUCAGGUGUGCAAUAGAACCUUUGGCAGGCUGAGUUUCACCGAUGCUUGGCAGGGAAUGGAAGGCACGACAUGCAAGUUGGAUGGGGAGGACAUUGGAAGUGAGGGCUCUAAUCAAAAUGCUACAACCGGGGCAUCAAGUCGAACCUCAUCAGACUUGCGCCGCAGGCGAUUUGACACCUCAUCUUACCAGCAGCGAGCUGAGGCUUUGGAAGGGUUGCUUGAAUUCAGUGCAAGGCUGUUGCAAGACGAAAGGUUUGACGAAUUGGGGGUUAUUGAGGCCGUUCGGGCCAGGAAAGGCUUCUCCCAGAUAAACUGCUAUCUGGUUGACUAAGAGCUUCAAGGAGAACACAGUGAAGCAGG